UUUUUUCUAAAUAAUGCAAAAAAGUUUUUUAAUUAGCAAAAAGGGGCACGAAAAAAUUUAUUUAGCAAGAUGGGGUACUUUUAGUGGGAUUCGCGAGUUUUGUUGCGUUUCCAUCUAUUAUUCUGAAAAAGGUCUGACUGCGUUGGGAGGUGCAGGGUGAUUGGGGAAAUCAUUGCUUUAUGAUGGUGGGAUUCGCAAGUUUUCUUGCGUUUUCCAUGUCAGGGUGGCAGGUUGCACGUUAUUGGAUUCGCAAGUUUUCUUGCGUUUUCCAUGUAGUUGGAAUGAUGGUCAAUGAUGGUGGCAGGGUGGCAGGGUGGCAGGUUGCACGUUAUUGGUGUCGCGACUUUACCUGCGAAUUCAAGUGCUUUUCAGGUGCUUUUCAGGUGGCAGUACUGACAUGGAGGGAAAGGAAUGGCUAAGAUUGAAUGCUCAAUUUUUUUUGCGAAUUCAGGAUAUACAAAAUGACAAAAUAAGCGAGAUUGACUGGAUUCUCAAUUAUUUUUGCGAAUUCAAAACACUAUAAGUUAACUCCUGAGCCUCAUAACUUUCUUCUACGAAAAAUACACUUCAAUAUUUUCAAAACUUCAAUCUCCUGCAUUUCAGAACGUUUCUGUAACGAAAAAAACCUUUGCAAUGGAUCAAGUUAUUACUUUUGUGUAUUACGAUGGCAGGGUUGUCCAUGGCGACCAAGGUGCCAUAUUCGAAGGUCGGAGAAGGUCCAUGCAUCUGAAGCGAAACAUUACCUUCGACCGUUUGAAGAAGAAAAUCCACGAAAGGUUGAAGCUGCAAAGGAACCAGAUGAUUUCUAGAGUCAGCUCUAGAUUUAUGACGACACCGAAUCCCAUUUUUUUUACGCAUUUUGAGAUAGUUGAUAAUGUUGAUGUUCAAGUCAUGAUGGAUGCAUUUAGUCAGCAGUCAUAUAUGGUUCAGCUGGAGCUGUAUGUUGAAGUUACUGAAGCUGGAAGUUCAUCAAUGUCAGUGCCGACGUAUCUGUCGUCUACUCAACCGAGACCCACUGAAGACGGUGGUAGACAUGUUGUUGAUGAGGAGCUUCUUGCAGAACCAUAUACUGUGCCUUUUAGCGUUAUGAGUAUUGAAGAGACCAAUAUCGUCGUUCCUUCGGAUGUCGCAGUUAAUUUGGGCGAUGAUUAUGACUACCGCCUUGACAAUGAUAAUGUGGACGGUGAAGUCAUUCCUUCAGACGAUGACCACAAUGAAGAUGAAAGAAUGCAAGAAGGAGGUGACGAGUCUGACACAGACGAUGAGGGAGACCGACACGCUAAUCCUCAGCCUCGGAUGGCACCUCAUCCUGCUGAUCAACCUGCGGCACCAGUGAAUGUCAAUGUUGAAACUUAAGGUAUGUACAAUCAACAUAUCUCAUCAAGCGUUGUUUUUUAUAAAUAUAUGGUACUUGAUAUAUUUCUAUAAUUUUAUAGGCCACCCAAACACGGCCCCAUUCUGGAGUGCUUCUUCGCAUUAUACAUAUAUUAACUGGGAUCACCCAGAUGAAGAAACUGAUUUUUAUUCUGAAACGGAUGUGAAUGGAUCAUGGAAGCUAGGUGAUGACUUAUGUAAAGGGUUGAUUUUUGAAAACAAGCGUGCUGUACAGGAUGCCUUGUUACACUAUUGUUUUAGACUAAAUCAAACUUAUAAGAUGAGUGAAUCCAAGCCAGAGUACUUUACUGCAAAGUGUCAGAAAUCCGUAGAUGGCUGCCCGUGGAGGAUAAGGGCACAUCUAUCCAAGAAAAUUGGUAAAUGGAUCAUAUCCAAAUGGGGGGGUUCGCAUACGUGCUUAAAUGCGAUGACUUCUCAAGACCACAAGAAGAUGACGUCCACCUUCAUGUCCAACUACAUUCUUGGCAUGGUAAGUGCCCAACCAACUAUCCCUAUUUCCCUCAUACAAGAGAGGAUAAGUGGUCAACUCAAUUAUAUGGUGUCAUACUUUAAAGCUUGGAAGGCGAAGCAAAAAGCACUUGCUCGCGUGUUCGGUGAUUGGGAGGAGUCUUACGACCUGCUCCCUAGGUGGUUGGAAUAUAUGCUGAGGUUUUCCCCUGGAUCCCAUUACGAGUUUGUCACAACUGACUAUAAGGACCAGUAUGGCAAUGUUGUUCCUGAUUUCAAGAAAUUUGGUCGAGUGUUUUGGACGUACAAACAAUGUUGUGACGCAUUCAACUAUUGCAAGCCAAUGAUACAAAUUGAUGGCACAUUCCUCUACGGAAAGUAUAGUGGAACUUUGCUUAUUGCCACGACACAGGACGGGAACAGUAAUGUGUUGCCUUUAGCUUUUGCAAUUGUGGAGGGAGAAACACUCGGUGCUUGGACGUGGUUUCUUCGUCUGAUGCGUGUGCAUGUCACCAAGAAACAAGGGAUAUGUCUAAUAUCAGACAGACACGCUAGCAUUCUCUCAGCAGUGGGGAAUCCGUCUAACGGGUGGCAGCCACCAAACGCUUUUCAUGUGUAUUGCAUUCGCCACGUUGCCAGUAAUUUCAACAACAGGUUUCACAACACAGAGCAAAAAAAUGAACUGAUAAAUAUGGCUUACGAGCCUUGCCCAUAUCUUUUCGAGCAACGCUUAGCGGCGUUUCGAGGGCACAACACAGCUGUCCGGCAAUGGAUAAAUGACAUCAGUAAUGAGAAAUGGAGCCGAGCGUGUGAUGUGGAAGGUCGUAGGUAUGGCCACAUGACCACGAACUUAUCUGAGGCUGUGAACAAAGUGUUUAGGGGUGCUAGAAACUUGCCUAUCACUGCACUUGUUAAAUGCACAUAUGGCAGGCUUGUGGAAUAUUUUGUGCAGCGAGGUUCUGCAGCAGCAGCACAACAAAGAGCCGGCGACAUAUAUUGUAACAAGGUCAUGGAGGCCAUGACAAAGAAUGCGACGAUUGCCCAGUCUCACAUUGUGCGGACGUAUAGCAUAGAUAGGUCCAGGUUCGAAGUAGAGGAGGGAUUCAACCAGCAGAACCAUCGCAGUGGUUAUACGUGGCGACUGAACUUAGAUGAAAGAACUUGCGAAUGUGGGCGCUUCCAGACGUUCAAAUAUCCUUGUUCACAUGUGAUCGCCGCGUGCGCCAACCAGAGUUUAGACUAUCUUCAAUAUGUGGACCCUGUUUAUACGAUUCAGAACAUUGUGGAUGCGUAUUCAGGGCAGUGGUACCCCAUUGGGAAUGAUCUGAACAUGCCGCCCAGAGCUGGGCCUAGAAUUGCUCCAGAUCCUGCCAAAAUACGGAAGAAGGGUCGUCCAAGGUCUACCCGUAUAAGAAAUGAGAUGGACUUAAGGGAGAAUCAAUCUCAGCCGAGUCGGAGAUCAGUGUCACUACAAAGAUAAUUAUGUUGCUUUAAUUGUGCAAGCUCUUAAAUUAAUCACUGUGUGUAAGCUUGAAGUGUAGUCCAAAUGCAUGUGAGAAAUAAUUAUGUUAGAGCUUAAACAUUGGCUCAUUACUAUUGUUUCUAACUUAAUAUGAAUUGGAUGCUAGUGCAUAUCAAAACAAGAAAGAAA